GACGAGGUUACUCGCCAUGUCAGUCAGCUGAAAAAAUAGGCUGGAAAGUCCAGGAGAGCAGCCAGAGGGAGUGUCAAAACCAGCAGUGAGCCCGGAUGGCAGUCUUCCCAGAAUGAUUAAGGAAGUCAAAGGCUUGUGAGUGGACCGUGCGCUCCCUGAGAGACAGAACCCUGGGCAACAAAAGUCCUCUUCAUCGACCCCGUGCCCCGGAAAGGAUUUAGGAUUUGAGCGACAGGUUUUUAUUCAUUAAGUAAAAGACCUUUUGGAUAAUUUAUCAAAACUAGAAAAUUAAUCGAGUACGCAUCGAACAAUACAACAGAAAUGUUUUAUCAUAUUUCUUUGGAGCAUGAAAUCUUACUACACCCGAGGUAUUUUGGUCCUAACCUCCUCAACACCGUGAAGCAGAAGCUUUUCACAGAAGUGGAGGGUACCUGCACUGGCAAGUAUGGUUUUGUCAUUGCAGUCACCACCAUUGACAACAUUGGGGCAGGUGUAAUCCAGCCAGGGAGAGGGUUCGUCCUCUAUCCAGUCAAGUACAAGGCCAUUGUGUUUCGCCCAUUUAAAGGGGAAGUGGUGGAUGCUGUGGUCACUCAGGUCAACAAGGUUGGAUUGUUCACAGAAAUUGGUCCCAUGUCUUGCUUCAUCUCUCGCCAUUCCAUCCCCUCAGAAAUGGAGUUUGACCCCAACUCUAAUCCUCCUUGUUAUAAAACAGUUGAUGAGGACAUUGUAAUCCAGCAAGAUGAUGAGAUCCGGCUAAAGAUUGUGGGAACAAGAGUGGACAAGAAUGACAUUUUUGCCAUUGGAUCUCUCAUGGAUGAUUAUCUGGGUCUUGUGAGCUGAUUUGCCCCAGAGGGAGCACAUUUCACAUGGGAUAUUUUAUGUAGUAGCCUAGUUAUUGUUAAAAUGAAUAUUUUACUACACUGAUUGAUAAGGUAUAGUGACAAGUGGUGAAGCCCCAUAGCUACAUCAUUUUAUUAUUAUACUGUACAGCCUACAUUUGUAGGUUUUUAUUGGAGCUUGUCUAAGAUUCAAAUAAAAUGUUGUAGCCAGGAGAAUGCUUGCUAAAUUGAUAGCAAGAUGGCAUACAAUGCAAGAAUAGCCCAUAUUACUAAUUUACAGUUUUUUUUUUUCAUUAAGAAUUUAUCAUUUCCAUCUCAACUAUAUAUUGUUUUUUGUAUUUUUUUGUUAUUUUGUAUGUGGACUGUAAUAAAGUAUUUUUAUUUCUUA